UGGCUCCGGGAGUUUCAGGUGUUGAAACUGUUUGUGUUGGCACGUUUACCUACAAACGUUUGUACGGAAACACCACGUAACGUCUAGCUAGUCAGUUGUUAGCUAGCGCUGCUCCAGCCGUUGCCAGGGGGUUGAGUGUUUUAGUUGAGAGUUGUGCAACACGAGACGUCAGCUGGAGGCCCGUGGGAUGAAUAUGGAAUGCAGCGAUCGCCGACCCGUAGUCCGCGGGGAGUUGUAAGCCGUAGCUGGGGGAGUGGAUCGCCACUGGAAAGGCUACCGGCUUGACGGGUUCCGACACGCAUGCCCGGCCUUUUCUAGUGCUUCGACGCUCCACUAGACACGUCGAAAAAGAGCGCGUUGUGCGUUCGCUGUGGUUUUUGAAGGAGCUGAGUUUGCUCUAAUCUCGCUAAGAGGCAAAGUGUGCGCAAGCCCUCCAAGUCAGCGGCAGAGCCGCGUGCUGUUGUCUAAACUGAGAAUUAGUCCCAAUUUUCAUUUCUCCAAAAGACCCAGAGUGAGUAAGACCCGCUGAAUGACUGGAGGAUCUGGGUCUGGUUCUGGUUCUUACACCAGCUCUGAAACCAGCUCUGAAACCAGCUCUGAAACCAGCUCUGACACCAGCUCCUAUUCGUGUCACACAGUGUUCCCUACUCCUACCAACACCGUGCUAGUGAACAUGGAUGAUAGAGAAGGAGAGACUGCCCUGGUGACCGCUAGUCUCGCCAUGGCCGUCAUGGCCCUCCUGUUUGCUCUGGUAGUGACGGUCAUCGUUGCCGUCAUGCUCUACUUCAUCGUCAAACUGAGGAAGGAAGUAAAGAGUCUUCGCUACUCUGGAGGCAGAGGAGGUGCAGUGGCAAAGGCAGAGAACGGAUCGUCUCACCUGGUGGCUGUCAACAUACUCAGUGAUUCCCUACCCAACACGGACACAGGGGACGAGAGUUUGGACCGAAAACCCACACCCCUCCCCCCUCCCGUACAAACAGUGACCACACCGGACCAAACGAUACUGAAACCACCACCGGGAGACCAAAACCAGGAGGACCACACCGCACCGGCUAGAGUCAACUCCCCAAGAGAUGCAUACGACAAUAUCAACCUGAAGACCAGCAUUCUGCCGCCAGAGUUGAGGACGGAGGAAAACCUAGAGGGACGACUGCUGGACCUGGCCGAGGUGCGGCUGCUAGAGGAGGCCGAGCGGAGGAAGGAAGAGAGCUACGAGGAUAUAGAGAUGAGUUUGAGGAGAAAGGAAGAGGCUGUGCAGCCGUGAGGGAUAUGGCCGUCGACCUCGCUAGGAGAAAGGGGGAGGGGUUGGAUGACCUGUACACGAACCCAGCCGAUGCCAUUGCGGAUGAGAAAGAAGAGGAGGCGGUGAAGACAGCGGCAAAGACAGCGUCGUUUAGGAAGAAGAGAAAAAGGGGGAAGGAUUCGUCAGAGGGUGAGAGUGUUUCGACCACGGAGUACGAGCCUGAACUGUAUACCAGUGUGUUUGAUCAUCUGCCGAGUGGAGAAAGAGAGGUGGUGGCUCAUCCUCAGACCAAGACAGGCGGUAGAGGGAGGAGCAAGAGUCCCAGCCCCAGCCCUCACGGUGGGAGGAAAAACCUUGGAGUUGGAGUGGAGGAGGAGGAGAAGGAGGGGGGAAGAGGGAUUUCUGUGGCUACGAGGACAUAGAAGACGACGCGUUUGCACGCUCCGCUCCCGCCACGGAAUCCCCUCUUCUCCAGGGAGGUGGAGAGCUGGAUGACCCCGUGACCCCUCGCAGGGAGGGAAACGGGAAGACGGAGCUGGCGAAGAGAUACUCGCACCCGGCGGACCCUCCCGUCGCGACCGCGAGGCAGCGAAGGAGAUGGUGGAAGUGAACCCCCGCUCCAGGAAACCUGUGACCCUCUCCAGCGGCCGCAGGAAGGGGAAGCUGCAGCGAGACACCGAGGAGGCGGUGGACGGGGAGAGAACAAUGAUGUGACGAUAUCUAAAUCGGCCGGGUCCAGCCCAAAUAAGGCAAAGGAAUUCACCAUUCAGUCCGAGGGUGGAGAUGGACCCCAGGACUCGUAUGCCAUGGUGGACGUGUCGGGCAAGAUUCGUUAUCGUGCCGAGAGUGACUCCAUGAAGAGAGAAGGGAGUGGGGUACCAAAACACUACACCACGAAGCAAUGUCCUCCGGAGGAGACGGAUGACCCCACCCCAGUGAUUGUGAACACCUGACCUCCACAAUACAACUAGCUGCCAAUGUGUGAUUACACUACACGUCUAUUAUUAUUGCCCCUUCGGUUGAGUUCUCCCCAAACCGUCAUUUUAUACCCAUAUUACCUCGAGGAUCCGAGGCCUCACUCUGAUUAGGUGGAAUUUUAUCAUGAUUGUUUUCAUAUUCCUUCAUUCCUGUGUCAGUCUCUAUUUUUGUGUUUUGCUGUUUCUCAGUUUAUUUACUCCAUAUUCCAUAUGCUUUUUUUAUCAGAGCUGCAGUUAUUUCACUUUUACGUGUUUACGUGUUAUUUGUGAUCAUAGCCACAGUUUCCGUGGCUGAGUGAUAAUAUGCUAUAUAUUAGUGUGAGUCAUUAUUGAGAUUUUCAUCAACUGGUC